AUGCGCUUGCACACCGUCAUUGACGCCGUCUCUGCUGACACGGUUACUGUGAAAGAUGAAUUAUUAGACGAUUUUGCCGACGUCGAUUUGAUAGCGAAAGAUGAGGACGAUUGCCCACUUCCACAACCGAAGCGUGUCAGGUUUAACGAGACUGGAUCCGAGUCCAUACGAUCCAUCCUCGAAAGCGAAGGAGAUCCGAUGGUUAUUGACCUUACCGGUGAUGGCGAAAACGAACCUCUCGACCAUCCAAAGCUCACUCGAACACCCGGACCGCAGGCCGGACCGGUUCCAUCACCGAAUCCCAGGAUACAGGUAAAACCAUCACUUUCAAACUAUCCACGAUCUCUCUACGAUGGUUGGCAACCCCCUCUUGCGCCAACAGCGGAGCGUAUUGCUUUAUCUGAGCUUCUACGAGACUAUCAUCGUCCUAUGGGGGACCGCUACAUCAUGAUACCAAUUCGAGAAUUCCGCAUUUAUCGUCCAUCUAACGGGAAGCCGAUUUUGGGCAACCGCCAACACGAAUUGGAACCACUCCAUCAUCUAAAAAUAGAUGCUGGGUGCGACUGCCUGCUUGUAGACGGCAUCAUCUCACUUAAUGGCCUGGAGCGAUACAUUCAAGGCGUUCCUUUCGAAACCCUCGCAAUCGAUGGAUACGGCGAUGUUAAGGUCCACACAGUGUCAAAAGGCAUUUCUAUAAUGUCCACACGUGCCAAGGAUGUGUGGUACCUCCUUCAAGAACCCGCUUCUGACUACACCGGUUACCAUGGACCAUUCAUAUGGAUCGCUGAUUUUGCCAAAUACGUCGUCGAAUAUUUAGAUGAGCACGAAACCGUCUCACUCGACCAGUUCAAGUCCGAUUUCUAUGAUUGGACAAGGCAGCGAUAUGGCGAAAGCCAGACAUUCCAGAAAUGGGUACAGCGGUUCGAUGGCGAAGCAAAAAAUUACGAUUUCCGCCAAGCAGCUGUCGCGUACGGGAGCUUUCUAUGGAAGGAAGCCUGGUCCAUUCUUAAGACUGUUCGCAAGAACCCGUUUUGGGGUGACAUCAACUACAUUGCAGACAAUGAAAGAGAAGGCGAACCGCCCUUGAACACUGCAACCACAAGUACGGAAAAAACGCUUGUGACUCCCUACGUCUUCGAAAACUUCAAACACAUCAAACCUCUCAUAAGGUUUUUUGAAACCAAGAACUCGAUGGGAAGCCAAGUUCAAGCAGCGCAUGAGAAGCGAAAGCGUGCCCUUGGCUUCAUGGACGGCGCUGAGCGUGCCCAGAAAUCAACAAGCUGCUACCCCUUACUCUCAAAGAGCGGGCUUAUGGUAGGCGACUAUGUCGCCGUGUACCCAGAGGAAGCAACGCUUUGGAGAGAUGGUUCUGAGCUAUGGUAUGCAUAUAUCCAGCACAUUCAAAAAGACCGCCAUGGACAGCGUUUUAAAGUACUCUGGCUGUAUUCCGCAUCCGCUACCACGCUGGCUGGUGGUCACUACCCGUUCCCGAACGAACUGUUUCUAUCCUCUCAUUGCAACUGCAAUGAGGCUACUCUAAUGUUAAAGGACAUCGCCGGAAGAGUCAACGUCUCCCUGGGAAGUCAAAUUGCAGACGGCCUCAGUAACAAAGCACCACACUUCUUCAUCAGACAAAAGUUUGACCCAGAAAGCCACGCAUUUACGACCAUCAAAAGCUCGGAUUUCCUCUGCCAGUGCCGAACCCAAACUUCCGCUUUCGAAGAAAUCCUUGGAAAAGUGCCCAUUGGCGAUCCCAUCCUUGCCCCAUUUAAUGAAUGGGGCGAGCCUUCUUGCAGACCGUUGGAUUCGUAUGCCUUUUCUGAUAUGAUUUCAGACACCCUGGAACCAGUGGUAGUAGAAAACUACCUUCAACAAUCCCGAACGAUCUUAGUUCGUCGACUGAUUCGACGAUACGCGUGCCAUGAAGGUCCUGGAGCUGACCCAAACGAGCUGGUCUGGACUGAUGACUUCCUUGAGAUUGAUCCGGUGCUUGUGGGCCCCAAAUGCCAUAUCCGUUUCUUUGAGGAAGGGGAGCAAAUCCCUAGUCCGUAUAGCCGAGGGGGAUCUGGCAACUGCUGGUACAUUACACGACGUUUGACUUCAACGGGAGGCUUGGAAGCAUUACAACAGCCUUUUCCUAUAGGUUUGAAUCAAGGCAUUGAUCCGAACGCCCCACCGCCACGUCCAAAAAUGGUUGGCUUAGACGUCUUUGCUGGUGGCGGCAACUUUGGGCGUGGGCUUGAGGACGGCAUGGCUGUCGAAUUUCUCUACGCUAUUGAUUGGGCUAAAAAUGCUGUGAACACUUACAGAGCCAAUCGCAGCGAACGUCCAUGCUGGGUCUAUUGGGGUUCGGUUAAUGACUACCUCAGACAAGUCAUGGAUGGGAGUACAGUCGAGCAUUUCGCAGGGAUUGACCAAAUCGAUUUCAUCGCCGCCGGAAGUCCAUGCCAGGGCUUUUCUAGACUCCAGAGGAACAAGGCAAGCGACUCGUCCCUGCGCAAUAUCUCUAUGGUUGCUUCAGUGGCAGCCUACGUUGAUGUGUAUCGACCAAGAUACGCAGUACUCGAAAAUGUUAUACGAAUGGCCCAUCAAACUGAAGAACUGGGAGUAUUUCCGCAGCUCCUUUGCACACUGGUCGGCCUAGGCUAUCAAAUCUCACAACAUCUUUUGGAUGCUUGGUCUUGCGGCGAUCCCCAAAGAAGAUCACGUCUGUUUGUGCAAAUCGCGGCACCAGGUUUAGCGCCUAUACCUCCAACAACACUGACACAUUCCCACCCACCUGGAACGGCAAAUAUAUCGUUAGGUAAAAACCUGGCAAAUGGUCAAAGGUUUGGAGAGAGGCGCAUUACACCGACGCCGUUUCGGUACGUCUCUGUACAGGAGAGCAUGGGCGACUUGCCCGACAUACAGGAUUCACACAGCCAGACGUGUAUCAAAAAUCCAGACCACCGAACCGUAAGCACAGAGGCCAGUUGGACCAGAGAAAUGAUUCGACACAUCCCAAUCCAUCCGCCUUUACAGGGUGUAGUAAACGCCAUUCACGCUGGCGUCAUGCCACAAGCGCUUGCAGAACGGUUCCUAAAGACAGGUGGGAUGAGGGCGCACCGAAACAGCAAAUCAUGGUCACGAAUUUCCCGGGACGGACUGACAUCAACCAUAACGACAACUCCAGCUGCGGCUUGUGCAAUUACUGGCAGGGCGCUACACUGGCAACAGCAUAGAGUUCUGAGCAUCAGAGAAGCCCGGCGAGCCCAAGGAUUCGAUGAGAGGGACAUCAUCACGGGGUCUCCUUCCGAACAGUGGAAGAUAAUCGGGAACAGCGUCUCUCGUUCAACUGCAUUAGCGCUUGGUAUGGCGCUUCAAGAGGCGUGGCUGGCGAACCCGUUGGAGCAUUGCCCAUCAAACAGUUUCGCUCUCCCCAUCUCCCCAGACGCCGGAAGCGAAGACCUUACGGCCAACCCGUCCAACGAUCCCUCGCCGCCGAACUUGCUCGCUCUGUCAUCGAACAUGCCUACUCCGAUCAGCGUCGAUAGUGCUGAACGACCGCAACCUCAGUGCCGUGCUGCUGUAGUAAUCGAUCUCACACGAGACGAUUGA